AUGAAGUCCUCCGUUCCGCUCGUCCUCAUGGCCUCACUCCUCGCAACUCUCAAAAGGGCGAUACUGCCUACCGCCGCCGCAACCGAAACCCAGCAGCCUUUCCAUUUCGCCGCUAACCAGACCUCCGUCAACAUGCCCCGCGCUCCGGUCAUUUGUGUCUCUCACGGUGGCGGCCCAAUGCCCAUCCUCGGCGACCCCGAGCACGAAAAGCUCGUCAAGUCGAUGCGCGAACGAGUUCCUGCGAUCCUGAAGCUGGGCACCCCUGAGCAGCCUCGUGCCAUUGUUCUCGUCACUGCCCACUGGUCGGAGCGCAACCCUACAAUCUCCAAUGGCCAGAGACACCCGCUCCUCUACGACUACUACGGGUUCCCUCCCGAGAGUUACAAGUUGAAGUACGACGCACCGGGUGCACCCGAUGUCGCGAGCGAGGUUGCUGAAGCCUUGAAGGCCGAGGGCUUGAAACCCGAGUUUGAUGAAGACAGAGGCUGGGACCAUGGCGUCUUCAUUCCCAUGCUUCUUAUAAAUCCAAAGGCCGACGUUCCCAUCGUCCAAAUGUCCGUCUUGAGGUCGGAGGACCCAACCGAACACUUCCGCAUGGGACAGGCUCUGUCCAAGCUUCGUGAUUCCAACGUCGCUAUCCUCGGCUCGGGCUUUCCGUCCCUCCAUAAUUUACGCGCCAUGUUCUCGGGCAUGACACAACAACCGUCGUUCAAGAGUCGGAAUGAAGCGUGGAGCAGGGCCGUCAACGGGGCAGUGGCCGAGGAAAAUCCUGAAGAGAGACGAAAGAAGCUCGACGAGUGGAGAAAAUUCCCUGGGGCGUAUGAUAUGCAUCCGAGAGGAGGAGCAGAGCAUUUCCUGCCCUUGAUCGUUUGCGCCGGAGCUGCUGGGGAGGACAAGGGCAAGAUGUACUCUGACAAGUACAUGGGUCUCGACAUGUUUUCCUACUAUUGGAAAUAG